CGCCCAUUGCACCAGCCCGCAGCUUGGCCCCGAUAAGCCCUGCCAAAAACCCCCCAUCCAGCCUCAUUUAUUUUCCCUGCUCUUUUUUUUCUUUGCCUCGCUGAUAAAGCCGCCCAGCCUGGUUCCCGUGGGAGGACCGUCGGGGACCUGGCCGCGCGUGCAGCUGCGGAGAGGGGCAGCGAUGGUGCUCUUCGUGGCGGCGGUGUUGGCGUGCCUGGGGGCGUGCAUCGCAGCCGUGCCCGCCUCGCCAGCCCCCCAAGACGUGGCUCGCUCUGCCGUGGAGGUGUAUAACCAGGAGGCGGGAACACGCGCCGUGUUCAGGCUACUCAAGCUCAAAAACGUCCACAAAACGAAAUUUGAAUGGGGCAUGCACUUCAGCAUCAACUUCACCAUCAAGGAGACAACCUGCCGGAAGAGCAUGGCCAGCUACCGCAUCGAGGACUGCCGAUACUGGCCCAGCGGGCAAGUCAGACAGUGCUCGGCCCAGGUCUCUGUUCUGGACUUCGUGCAAGAGGCCCCUUUGACGUCCGUGACUUGCGUCCCGCAGCAGCGAGCAAACAAGCCCAAGCCCCAGGCACCCCGUGAGGUGACCGUACGCCUCCCGGGCUCCCUGUCCCUCGCUGCCCAGGUGGUACCAGAGCAGGACUGAUGCGCCCGAGCCCCAAGAGCCUGCCCUACACCAGACACCUUCGCAGAGGCUGCCUUGGCGCUUGUCCGGACGGGUGGCCACAUCACAUGGGAGCUUCUCAUUGCCGCUGGCUGGACUCGCUUCUGGCUUUCGCUUUGCUUUGGGCAGCAGGGAGCAGCUGCUCACCCCCUCACACCACCCUCGCGCCCCUUCCCACGUGGGACAGCUGCCGCGGCUCACGGCCGGUGCUCAGCGGUGGUUGACCCGCAAUGCCACCCAUCCCCUGCCCUGAGACUGGUCCCAUCUCAGGCACCUGCUUUGCUUGAGGUCGAAGCCAAGUUUUCCCCUUGCAGCUGGCGAUCCCAGCCUCUUCAGGAUGAUGGGCCUGCCCCAGGGAUCCUAAUUGCUCACCUCUGAUGGGAAUCAUGGCCUGAGUUGAGUGUAAUAAAAACCAGCAUGGAUGGGAAGAGAGAGACCCUCCUUUGAGGCCCCCAAUAGAGAUUGCCCCUGCUCCCACCUCCUACUGCCUUGUUGCAAGUCGCGGGGGAAUUGGUGCUUUUCCUCCGGCCCCAGCACCUGGAGUCAUGUGAUGGCGGAAGAAAGACGAGCCUCCCUUGGAAACUGCGCACCACAACGAGUGUCCAGCCCCGAGGGAGACAGAGGACAGCUUGACACAGUGAAUCCCACCCUAACCCUAACCCAUGCCCUCACAAGCCCCCUGGGCAUCUCCUUAUGCCCAGGUGGGCUUCACCCCCUGCACUGAGCAGCUGGGCAGCCGGACGCCUGCGGGACCAGCACCCACUCCCGGGCCAGUUUAGAUCGACUCAAGUUGCACUUGAGUUGCAGCAAAGGAAGUUGAGGUUGGAUAUUAGGAAGAGGGUGGUGAAGCACCGCAACAGGUCGCCCAGAGAGCUGGUGGGGUCUCCAUCCUUGGAGGUGUUUAAGGCUGGGAUUGACAAAGCCUUGGCUGGAUGAUGUAGCUGGGGCUGGUCCUGCUUGGGACUAGAUGUGACCGCCUGAGACACUGAUCCCUCCACCUUGACUAUCGCAGGGGUUGCUCACUACUGAUUCAUGGGCUGCAGGGAGGCUGGGGCUGGGAUACAAAGCCAGUUUGAUGAGAAGGGAUCCUGCAGAGUCCUGGGUGCGAAUUCCCCCAGAUUUACCACGUUGCUCCCCCCUGCUUCUGUACAGCUCUUGUGUAAAACCCUGCAUUUCGAUCAGCGCCAGGAGAGGGAAUGCGCUCUGUAUUGUCCCGUUCGUUCCUCCAUAACGGGCAGUCAGUCCUUCGACUUGUGCACAUUUAAGCCCACUUCUGUCUUGCCUGGCUCAGUGCGUACACGCCGCAAGCUUCGCACGAAUAAAGACGUUCAGUACUUCUU